UAUAUACUUACUAAAGUACUUCAUUUAUGUAAACUAAAAUACUCAUAUCCUUAUAGGAGCGAUUUAUCAAUAGAAUAUUAGAAAGCUAUGACCUAAGGAAGAGUGCUUGAUUGUCAUCUACAACAUCCAGGAUUGGGGUGCAUUUCUUUUGCCUUAUUGAAGUAUGAAAAUUACAAGAGUAUAGAUUCUUAUUGACUGGAAAGCGAUUCUCUAUAUUUUUCAUUCCAAUGCACUUUAUUCCAAUUUUAAUUUUCAGGAGAAAAGAACUUAGAUCCCAGUAAAAAUUAAUUUUAAAUAGUCCUUUGACAACAAUUAAGAAAGCUUCUUUAAAUUGCUUAAAGUCUUUACUUUUCCUCUCCUCGAUGGUCGGCAUCAUUAGAUUAACUAUUUGCACAUUAAAAAGACUAUAGAGACCUUUAGGAGGUAUGUAGAUUUAAUUAAACGUACUAAUAGGAAUCGAUGGAUUAAUAAUUGGUUCAUUGAGUGGAACCUCUAUUAUCUUGGAAUCUGAUGGUAGAGGAUUUGAAAUGACUCUUCAAUUGUUUCCUCGUUUUUGUGAGGCUGUUUAUAAUCAUUUUCAUAAGAAAUUCCCAAAAUUGAAAAUGAAAAACUUUGAAUUGAUGUUGUUUAGUCUUCUAAUUGCACUCCUCCACUAUUGCUAUUAACAUAAUGUAAAAUUAAUUGAUAAAAUGUUAGAGUUUAGUUAUUAAAUCAACAUAUUUAGCAUUAUUCAAAUAAUUUUGGGGAAAGAAUUGA